GUGCGACCACACUGUCUCUUGUGUGCGUUUAGCAGUGCGCGGCUUAGAUUUCCUGUCCUAGAAUUUUAAGUGUGUGGGGCAAGUUAGCCUCUUACCCGUUCUAGCCAUGCGUCCCGGAUUUAGCCCCCGUGGAGGACGUGGUGGAUUUGGGGAUCGUGGAGGACGUGGUGGAUUUGGGGAUCGUGGAGGACGAGGUGGAUUUGGGGAUCGUGGAGGACGAGGAGGUUUCCGAGGAGGUCGGGGAGGCGGAUUUAAGUCCCCUGGUGGUGGUGAAGGAGGCUUCCGUGGCGGCCGAGGUGGCGGCGGCUUCCGUGGCAGCCGAGGUGGCGGCUUCCGUGGCGGCAGAGGAGGUGGAGGACGAGGAGGACGGGGUGGCUUCAAAGGAGGCAAAAAAGUUACAGUAGAGCCCCACAGACACGAAGGUGUUUUCAUCUGCAGGGGGAAGGAAGAUGCCCUAGUCACGCGGAACAUGGUACCUGGCGAGUCUGUGUAUGGAGAGAAGCGGAUUUCUGUGGAGGAUGGCGAACUAAAGGUGGAAUACCGUGCCUGGAACCCCUUUCGCUCCAAGCUGGCUGCUGCCAUCCUUGGAGGCAUUGAUCAGAUCCACAUCAAGCCCGGUGCCAAAGUGUUGUACUUAGGAGCAGCAUCGGGGACAACAGUAUCUCAUGUCUCUGACAUAGUCGGACCGGAGGGCCUUGUGUACGCUGUGGAGUUCUCCCAUCGCUCAGGCCGUGACCUCAUCAAUGUGGCAAAAAAGCGGACCAACAUUAUCCCCGUAAUAGAAGAUGCACGACACCCGCACAAAUAUCGCAUGUUGAUUGGCAUGGUGGAUGUGAUCUUUGCAGAUGUGGCUCAACCUGACCAGUCACGUAUUGUGGCUUUAAAUGCACACAAUUUCUUGAAGAAUGGUGGCCAUUUUGUCAUCUCUAUCAAGGCCAACUGCGUUGACUCGACAGCAGUGCCUGAGGCCGUCUUUGCAUCAGAGGUGAAGAAAAUGCAGCAGGAAAAUAUGAAACCCCAGGAACAAUUGACGUUGGAGCCCUAUGAGCGGGACCAUGCCGUCGUAGUAGGCAUUUACCGACCGCCUCCUAAACAGAAGAAAUAAAGCGCACAACUGUUGAGAGAUGAUUGCAGCGGUGUUUUAGGUCAGAGUUACUUCUCUUGCCGCUUCAUGAUUCAGGACUCUUUCUACAGAUUGGGCCCCAGCUUCGAAAGGCCCAGGCAUUCAUACAGAGAUGCUCUACCACACUGGUUUUCUGUGGCGUUAUCAAAUGUGUAUAUUUUUUAUUAAAAUGUGUAAUGUAGAGA